UACACAAAAGGAAAUUCAAAUACAAGUCACACUCCCACCGAGAAAAGCCGGCAUUUUUCUUGCUUGUUGAAGAAAAUCUUUUUGGAAGGACUCUUUUUGCAAUUUUUUGCUCGUCAUCACAUAUUGAUCUCAAAGCCAAAAUGUCUUCAGUUUGGACCCCAUUGGAAUCGAAUCCCGAUGUUCUAACUAAAUACAUACACAAAUUGGGGGUGUCCAAAGAAUGGGCUCUCAUCGAUGUUGUCGGUCUGGAACCGGAAAUGUUGGAAUGGAUUCCAAAACCCGUAAAAUCGAUUAUCUUGCUAUUCCCAUGUUCGGAAAAAUAUGAAAAACAUCGGGCCGAGGAACAUGAACGUUUGGCCGCUGAGGCUCAGGAUUAUCCCAAAUCUCUGUUCUAUAUGCGUCAAUUUACCUCAAACGCCUGUGGAACUGUGGCCCUUAUUCACAGUGUGGCUAAUAAUGAAGACGUUAAAGUUGAAGAUGGUGCAUUGAAAAAAUUCCUGGAAACCGCCAAAGACUUAUCACCUGAGGAUAGAGGCAAAGCGUUGGAAAACGAUAAGGGUGUGGCUGAAGAUCAUCAGGCAUUGGCAACCGAGGGUCAAACCACUGCCAAUCCUGAGGAGAAAGUCUAUCACCAUUUCAUUGCUUUGGUCAAUGUGGAUGGUACCUUGUAUGAACUGGAUGGACGUAAAUCGUUCCCCGUAAAACAUGGUGCCACCACACCCGAAACUUUUGUACAAGAUGCUGCCCGAGUAUGCAAGGAAUUUAUGGCACGAGAUCCUGAAGAGUUACGUUUCACCGUAAUGGCAUUGGCAGCUGCACAAAACUAAAGACUUGAAAUAUCUUGGAAUUUACAUUAACUUAUACAUCGCGCUAAAAAAGCUUUGCUCCACUGAAUUUAUAACUUUUUUUUGUUAUUUUAAUGUAUUUGUUUUUGAACUGAUGAUAAAACAACGAGAGUUAGUCUCAUUAACAAUAAAUAUGUAGCUUUUUGUACGGCUUAAUGCUUUUUGUUUACUAUUAUUAUUUUAAAUUUGUAAUAAUUCAUAUAAAAAUAAAUACAUAUAUUUGUGUCUUUAA